AUCUAUACAAGAGGAAGCCUCCCCUAUCACACACUGCAGUACGCGGUGAGAUAUGGACUUCAGGUGCCUGCCAAUCUCCUUCUGGCUCAUGCUGGCCAUCUCAGACUCUGGGACUGGGGCUGACCCUGGCCCUGUGAUCGGAACUGUGGGACAAAAGGCCUUGUUACCUUCUGGGCUUCGAGUCAAAGUGAGCAAUCUUGAGAUUGUGUGGAAACACAUGUCAUCCAGAACCAGGGUACUGGAAUAUAAGAACGGGAAAAUUAAAACCUAUAACAACAAUUACAAGGGACGAGUAAAUCUUCAUCCCAAUGACUUCAGUCUGGAAAUUUUAAGCCUACAGACACAGGACACGGGAGAUUACGAGGUAACUGUAAUACUGGAUACGGGAGCAAAGAAUGUGUCCACAGUCCAACUGGAGGUAUACGAACAUGUGUCAGGAACACGGAUCUCGGUUCAGCACAAGGGCAUCUGCAACUUCAACCUGAACUGCUCCGUGACCUCUGGCAACCCCACCAGCUUCAUGUGGUGGAAGGGAGGAGAAGCUCUGGGAAACGACAGCAUCCAUCACCUCCGGGGACAAGGAGAGACGAUAGAGGUUCAUCCUACAGCAGAGGACAGGAACGUUGAGUACAGGUGUGAGGCCACCAACCCGGGCAGUACAGGCAUGGCACAUAUCUACCUGACAGACGUCUGUAAACAGCCCACAUCUGGUGAGUGUCAAAGGGGGAAUUGGUUUUUAGAAAGGAGCAGAGAUUCCUUCGUACCCAGAGAGUUUAUUUUUAUGAUUUCAUUGAUUUGUUGGGGCCAGGAACAUCAAGCUGUGACACUUUCCAUUGCCAUCCCAUUGAUUAAAACAGGUUUGUUGAUCCUUGGCUUUUCCCUGCUAAAGUCAACAACCAUCUCUUAUAGAAACAAAGAACUGCAGAUGCUGGUUUCCAAAAAGUAGCACAACGUGCUGAAGGAUCUCAAUGGGUCACGCAGCAUCUCUGGAGAACAUGUAUAGGAAACUUUGCAGGUCAAGUUUCAGCUCCUUGGCCUUGCUGUAAUUGAGAGCAAGAUUGGUGCUCUUGCGGCAUUCAAUGGAAAUAGAGAGAAUCCAGGGAAUUAUAAGCGGGUGAGCCUCCCAUCAGAUGUAUGGAAGAUAUUGGAGAUAUUACUUCAGGAUAGAAUUUACUCCCAUUUGGUAGAGAAUAGAUUAAUUAGGGACAGUCAGAAUAGCUUUGUACAUGGAUUUUAGGAAGGAAUUUGAUAGGCUGAUGCUAGGAUGAUCCAGAGGAUUAAGAUGCACAGGAUUAACAGUGACUUGUUUCUAUGGAUUUAGAACUGGUUUACAGAUAGAAGACAAUGGCUUGUGGUGGAAGGACAAUAUUCAGGCUGAAGGUUUGUGACCAGUGGAGUUCCACAGGGAUCUGUGCUCGAACGUCUGUUGUUUGUUAUACAUAUAAAUAACUUGGGUGUAAACGUAGACAGGUUGGCUUGUAAGUUUGAAGAUGACACCAGGAUUACUGGGGUCAUGGACUGUGAAAAAGGCAGGCAAUGUAUACAGCGAGAUAGAGGUCAACAAGAGAAAUGGGUGGAGAAAUGGCAGAAGGAGUUUAAUCCAAGCAAAUGUGAGGUGUUGCACUUUGGAAGGUCAAAUGUAACGGUAAGUAUACAAUUAAUGGCAUGAUCCUCAACAACAGAGAGAUCUUGAGUCCAUGUCCAUAACUUCCUGAAACUGGCAACACAAGUAAAUGUAGUGGUUAAGAAUGCAUACUGUGUGCCUGGUUUCAUAAUUCUGGGCAUUGAGUAUGAGAGUCAACAUGUCACUAUGCUGCUUUAUAGGCUUCUGUUUAAGCCACAUUUGGUGUUUUGCAUCCAGUUUUGGAUGCCGCAUUACAGAAAGGAUGUGAUGGCUUUGGAAAAUUUGCAUAGGAGGUUUACAGAAUAAUGCCCAUAUUAAGGGGUGUUAACUACAAGGAGAGUUUGGACACUUGGAUUGUUUUCUCUGGAACACAGGAGAUUGUGAAGAGACCUGAUAGAAAUAUAUACUAUAAGAGACUUUUGGAGAGGCAUCUGGAUAUGCAGGGAAUGUAGAUAUAUGGAUUAAGUGCCAGACAUUGUGGGCCAAAGGGCAUGUUCUUGAGUUGUAUUGUUCUAUGUUCUAUGGCGACCAUCAAAAUGCAGAGGACAUAUGCCAGUGAACAUUACAGGGGUUACUGCUCUGAGAGCCCCUUGUCCAGACCUCCUGGUGAGGAAGCUGGAGUCGGAAUGAAGAUUUUCUCCAAGUGAUUAUCAAGUCAAAGCAGCCAAUUAGUACAUUCAACUUCUUCACCGAUGCUUGGCCACAGUGGAGACUCGAAUGGUUCCCCGUCCUCGAGGAUAGAACUGAAAGCCACCACUUCAGACAAUACCACAGUUAAUGGAGCUCAAGAGAUAUAAUUCCUCUCAAAAUCAGAGCAUGUAUUAUGCAGGUCCUGGGGGCAAAAAAUGUUCACAAAGUGCAAAAGCAUGCACAAGCACACGAUGAUCUGAAGCAAACUGCCUGGCAGAAGACAUUGGACUUCCAAGGUCUCCAGCUGGAAAGGUGGAGCCAAUAAAAUAGCCACCCCACUCGAAGAGGAACAGAAGUGAAUUAUGUAGACACCCCCCCCUCGAGUUUGUAUUUCCUGUGGAAAGAUCACUGUUUAUCUCCCAUCCCUGAGGACCAAGAUGUAAUGAAACUAGCAAAGAGG